AUGACCGACACGGGCUCAGCGUUCCCGCGGGAGCAGCAGCGCCGAGCGAUCGGCGGCCGCGAGGAGAUGGCCAGGGGGACGGGACCGGGACGCGAUUGCCCCGGAUGUGAUAGUGACGCCGGCCAGCGGAGGCCGCAAAGCGCGCCUCCCGCUGCCCACUUGGUAGCUGCUGCAAGGAGUGCUGGCGAAGCCGGUGGCUGGCCUACAAGACUCCGGCAGCAGUCGCACCCGGUCCUGCAGUCUUUGUCCUGGGACGGCUCCGAUGCAAUCGGCGACGCGGUGGGGAUGUGCGUGCCAGUGGUGGCGGGUCUGCGCAACCUUCGUGGGGGGGAAUUUGCUGCGGAGGCGAGUGUUGAGAGGAGUGGAGGAGUGGAGGGGAGCGGAGGAGUGGAGUUGAGCGCGACUGGUGGUCCCGCAGGCGCGGGAUCGGAGCAGGAUGGACUUGUGGCAAGCUGUGGGCCUCAUGAGGAGGUUGCCUGGCAGGAGGUCUCCCUUUUGGAGGAGGGGAGUAGUGCUGGGAUCGACAUCGAGUGCGAGCAGACAGCACCUGCGCAGCCCAAGGAUAUCUGCAGACGAGCUGAUUCGGAGCAGAGCCUAGAUUCGCAGGAAAAUGGGGCUGGCGACGAAUAUAGCUGUUUUGUUCGGAGAUUCGAAGGGCAGGCUGACAGCCCGUUUUGUGGGGAAGUGGAUGGUGUUGCAAAGGGAUUUGAUAGAGGGAAAAAAGAUGAUUUGACAGUGAGCAUAGGAGGGGCGACGGGAAAAGAGCUGUGUCGGCCAAGCUGGAGGUCCCGGUCUGGCUAUGUGCAUUUUGCUGGGGAAUACCUAGACACCUCCUUCAACAAGUUUCUGAUUCAACCCAUGGCGCUUGUCUCAAAACUGGCACAUGCCAGGACGCCAUUCCAGUGGGUGAACAUUCUUUGGCUAGCUGUGAUCGCCAACCUGACGCCAGCCGUCUUCGGCCUCUUGUGGUUUGGUGCCAUACCCAUCAGCAUCGGCAACAUCGAAUGCAGGGUGGAGCCAUUCAUCCAGGAGGAGCCCAGCAGCUCUUCCGACAUCGACUACGACACAGGCUGUGACACAGCAGUGAUCAGGAGGUGUGUGGAAGGGGGAUUCGUUGACAAGGCUGCCUGGGCGUUUGCAGUGAAUCCCGGUACCUACGUGUUCUUCUCCUUCACACUCAUCAACAUGUUCCUCGGUUGCCUGGAUGAGGCCCGCCCCUGGCGGCCCGCUCGCUCCUACAUGCACAUCCUUGCAUUGGGCUACAUCGUGCAGGUGGGCACCGCGGGAGCGUCAGUGAUGAUCAGCGAGUCGUUCAGUGGCCUGGGCCUGGUGGCACUUGCGCUGUCCAUCGCCGUGACCCUCCUGGGCCUGCGCUUCACGCCUCAUACAAUGUUCGACACCAACCGAGAGCGCUUCAUGAAGAUCUACUGGUCUUUCGUGCGCCUGAUGAUGGUUUUCAUGAUCUUCUGGCUGCUGAUGCUGGCGUACAUCAUCGCCAAUGCCAACACUGAGAGUGCUGGUCAGGGCGUGCUGACAUUCGUCCUGGCCAUCGUCACGUUCAUCUUCAAGAAGAUCUUGCUUGCCAUGACGGAUGUGUACCCCAUAGAGGUGGCGAUGGUCCUGUCAGGCCUGUGGCUGGAAAACCUGGUGGACCUGUUCAUUGUGCUGGCGUACCCCACAGUCACCCGGCUUGGCCCCACCUUUGCCGUCAUAUUGCUGGUCCGGGUGGGAGAAGACCUGGCCUACCUGGGCUUUCAGUUCGAUGUCUGGUUCAAGUUCCGAGUGUGGGUGAAGGGCGUGCUGGGUUUCACAAAGAAGAAGAGCGAGCCCAUCUUGGAGGACGUGGACCAAGACGACCGGGGGCACUCCAACCAGCGCCCUGGCUACCGCAGGAGGCAGAUGAGGUUCCUGGGCUGGAAGCUGCUGUCCCAACUCAGCUCCUUCAUUUUCUUCCUGGUGGUGAUUCCCGCUCUGCGCUUUGGCCAGAACCAGGACUUCUAUCCAUACUCCGAAAAGAAUGUGCAGAUCGACUUCCGCGGCGUCCUGAUCGACGACGCGUUCAAGUGCUUCACCAAGCGGCAAUUCAAGGCAUCCAUGAUAGUGGCGUUCUGUUCGAUGGGCACCUUCUUCGUCUCGGGGUACCUGAUCCUCCUGUAUAUGAGGAAGUACAACAUGGACAUCCUGGAGCACCUGGCGAGGAAGGUCAAAGUGCUCGUGGUGUCUCACCAGUACUUUGGGUUCGUGAUGACGAUCCUCAUCAGCAACGUGCUCCUGGCUGUAUCGUCGGUGCAGCUGUACAACAGGCUGUUUUAUUUCUGA